ACAGCCCCUGGGGCUGCCAUCUUCUCCAGACAGCUGAAAGGGGCCAGAUUCGGUCCACAGCAAGGGCGGGUUUGCAGCCUCUGGGCACAAGCAGCACCCCCUGUCCCUGAGGGACCUGCUGUGAGCCCCCGAGCUCUUACAGGGGACACUUCCAGGAGCAAGGAGGAUGGUGGCAGCGGCCAGACUCGUCCUCCUGCUGCUGGGCUGCGUGGGGCUCCUGCGGCCGGCCGGCUCCCGGUACGUAAGCUACUGCCCCAAGGGCUGGUCCUACUACAAGCUCAGCUGCUUCGGGUACUUCCGUCAGCCCCAGAGCUGGGACGAGGCCGAGAGGCAGUGCCAGAGCAAACACCCUGGUGCCCACCUGGCCUGGGUGGAGGAGCCCCGGGAGGCGGCCACCCUGCAGAGACUCAUCUCCUACUACCAGCGCGUGAAGCCCGUCUGGCUCGGCCUCCGCUACAGGCAAGAGAGCCAGGCCUGGCAGUGGGCAAGUGGGGACAAGUACAGCAUCGCCAGCGGGCUGGCUGGGAACAGUGCCCACGGGGGGACCUGCGGCAUGCUGACCCACCUCAGCGGCUUCACCCUGUGGUCCAGCGCCAACUGCACCCAGCAGCAUCACUACAUCUGCAAGUUCAACCCCUUGCGCUGAGCACAGCCCCUGGGUGGCCCCGCACGGGCGAUGUUCCUCCCUUGCCACCUCUGCUCCUCUCCCUCCAACUCCUAAAAAUACACUUAUAAAAAAAGAAGC